CGGCCGGGCUCCCGGCAUCAUGAACAUAGACGUGGAGUUUCACAUCCGGCACAACUACCCCUGGAGCAAGUUGCCGGCCAACGUGAGGCAGAGUCUUGGAAAUUCACAGAGAGAAUAUGAAAAGCAGGUUGUUCUUUACAGUAUCCGCAAUCAAUUACGAUAUAGAAACAACUUAGUUAAACAUGUCAAGAAAGAUGAACGCAAAUACUACGAGGAGCUGCUAAAGUACAGUCGUGAUCAUCUCAUGCUGUACCCUUACCAUCUGUCAGAUAUAAUGGUAAAGGGCCUGAGGAUAACACCGUUUUCAUACUAUACUGGGAUCAUGGAGGACAUUAUGAACAGUGAGAAGAGUUAUGAUUCAUUGCCCAAUUUUACUGCUGCUGACUGUCUAAGGCUUCUUGGCAUAGGAAGAAAUCAGUACAUUGAUCUGAUGAAUCAGUGUCGGUCGUCAAAAAAAUUUUUCAGAAGGAAAACGGCUCGUGAUCUUCUACCAGUGAAGCCAGUGGAGAUCGCCAUAGAGGCGUGGUGGGUGGUGCAGGCCGGAUAUAUCACAGAAGAUGACAUAAAGAUAUGCACAUUGCCUGAGAAAUGCGCUAUUGAUAAGAUCAUCGACGCGGGCCCUCAGCUCUCUGGAUCACUUGAUUACAAUGUAGUACAUAGCUUAUAUAACAAAGGAUUUAUUUAUCUGGAUGUCCCAAUAUCUGAUGACAGUUGUAUAGCAGUUCCUCCUCUUGAAGGUUUUGUAAUGAAUCGGGUACAAGGGGAUUAUUUUGAAACUCUACUCUAUAAGAUAUUUGUUUCCAUAGAUGAGCAUACUAAUGUUGCAGAGCUUGCAAAUGUCCUUGAAAUAGACUUAUCCUUGGUUAAGAAUGCUGUUUCAAUGUAUUGCCGAUUGGGCUUUGCCCAUAAGAAGGGACAAGUAAUAAAUUUGGAUCAGCUUCAUUCAUCGUGGAGGAAUGUUCCAUCUGUAAACAGAUUAAAGAGUACCUUAGACCCGCAGAAGAUGCUGCUGUCGUGGGACGGUGGGGAAAGCAGGAGGCCCGCGCAGGAAGUCUCAUCAGCCGCUGACAUGGACACCAACAGUCAAGAAGAUCCGGCGGAUACAGCCAGUGUAAGCAGUUUGAGUUUAUCUACAGGAUAUACAAAGCGCAUUGCUUUUCUGUUUGACUCAACUCUUACUGCCUUUUUAAUGAUGGGAAAUCUUUCACCGAACUUGAAAAGCCAUGCGGUCACCAUGUUCGAAGUUGGUAAACUCUCAGAUGAGUCUCUGGACAGCUUUCUUAUAGAACUAGAAAAGGUUCAGAGCACUGGUGAAGGAGAAGCACAGAGAUACUUCGAUCAUGCACUCACCCUGAGAAACACAAUAUUGUUUCUGCGUCAUAAUAAAGACCUAGUUGCGCAAACUGCACAGCCAGAGCAACCGAAUUAUGGUUUUCCUCUGGAUCUCUUACGCUGUGAGAGCCUUCUUGGUUUGGACCCUGCAACGUGCAGCCGAGUUCUAAACAAAAAUUACACACUGCUCGUGUCCAUGGCUCCUCUCACCAAUGAAAUCCGGCCUGUGAGCAGCUGUACCCCUCAGCAUAUUGGACCAGCUAUCCCAGAAGUCAGUUCUGUCUGGUUUAAACUGUACAUUUACUACAUCACUGGGCAAGGACCACCAUCUCUUCUGCUGUCCAAAGGUACAAGACUUCGAAAACUGCCAGAUAUAUUCCAGGGUUAUGAUCGAUUACUCAUAACAUCUUGGGGCCAUGAUCCUGGGGUAGUUCCUACGUCAAAUGUGCUCACAAUGUUGAAUGACGCCUUGACUCAUUCGGCAGUUUUGAUCCAGGGACAUGGUUUGCAUGGGAUAGGAGAAACUGUCCACAUACCAUUUCCAUUUGAUGAAACAGAACUACAAGGAGAGUUUACUCGUAUCAAUAUGGGUGUUCAUAAAGCCUUGCAACUAUUAAGGACCAAAGUGGACUUGCAGCAUUUUUGUGGCUAUGUUACCAUGUUGAAUGCUUCUAGCCAGCUUGCGCACCGAAAACUCAGUGAUGCUUCUGAUGAACGAGGAGAACCUGAUUUGGCUUCUGGCUCGGAUGUAAAUGGGAGUACAGAGUCAUUUGAAAUGGUCAUUGAGGAAGCAGCUAUAGACUCGUCAGCAAAACAAAACUCUGUUGCCACAACAGAAGCAGAUUGGGUUCCUCUCGAACUGUGCUUUGGAAUUCCAUUGUUUAGUUCAGAAUUAAACCGGAAAGUUUGUAGAAAAAUUGCUACACAUGGCCUUUGCAGAAAAGAGAGCCUUCAGAACCUCUUACAUUCCAGUAGAAAACUCUCUCUACAGGUCCUUAAUUUUGUUCACUCAUUCCAGGAAGGUGCUUCAACCCUGGACGUUCCCGCCGAGGCCGGCUUUUCCAGCGUGCUCUCGCAGCCCUGCGCCGAGUCGGGCGUUCCACUUCCGGCAAAGAACUUAAUAUUUAAAGAUGGCGUCUUGUCAGAGUGGAGUGGACGGUCACCUUCCUCGCUUCUCAUUGCUAAUGUCCAUUCGCAAUAAUUUGGUUCCACCCUUCGUUGCUCACACUUCUGCCUUUUUUCUUUCUUAACGUUAGCUUUAUAGUGCCAGCCCUUAAAAGGCAUCGUGCUGCGGCAGCGCAGUUCACGCUUCACUGAUGUUCAACUGAUGUUGGGGAACGGGUUCGCGUUUUCUGAAGUUUCCCUCAUUAUGGCACCUCCUCGCGUCACAGAGCUUUUUAGCAGCCUGCGCUGUAUUUUUUACCUUGAGACAAUCUGCAUCUCUUUUAUAAAACUGAGGAUAUGUACUUUAUAGGCUUUACGAUGACUGUUACCGUUUAUAAGCAGUCACUAUGAAUACUGCAGUGGUAAUUUUAUAUGUUUAUCAAACAUAAAUCUUGUUUAAUUUUAUAUUUUGUUACCUACUCUUUAGGGGAUCACGGGAAGAGGCGGAACUCUUCCCCUAAAAAGGCUUCUUGGUACUUUAAAGUAGCAAAACUAUAAAACAAUAAACAUCCAGUUUUGAGAGGUGAUACGAUGGGGCAUUAAGAAUUUCUGUGGAUGUCUGUAAAUUAUGUAUGAGUUGAACGUUGUCGAAGGUAUGUAAAUCAGCAUAGUUAUGUAUAACUUAACCUUGAUUUAUAAGGUCUUAACUCAGACUAUCACUAUACAUUGACAUCUCAUGAGAAGCUUUGAAAAACAUUCUAUUUUUAAACCAAUGUUUAUAUGUGGACUUCCGUUGUCACUCUGGGCUUUAUAUUUUCAUAGAGUCUUUAUGGAAGAAUAGAAUUUAUUUUCCACUCUUGUAACUGUGGCUGCUGCACGUUUUCACCCAGACUGAUUCUUUGUUUAGUAGCUUUACCAAUGAAUUGUUACGAAAUCGAAUUUGAUGUUUUGAAACCAAGGAUUGUGAUUUUAGGUUAGAAUUACAUAUUAGAGGCAUUAAGGCUAUGUCUUCUGAUAAAAAACACUUUGGUGAUAAACCUGCUUUGAAGACUUUCUUAGGCAAUCUGGAUCUUAAAUUUAUGUGACUAGUUUUGGAGGAACUGAGAAAAAUUUGAGUAAUUUCAAAAUGUUUCUUUGGUCAUUGGUUCUUUUAGAUAUCAAAUGGUAAUAAGAAUAAUUGGAAUCAGUUUCUAGAUUUUCUAAGUUACUUUCCUUGGGAAGUUUGUGCAGUGUUAUAGUUUAGUGUAGCUCUUCUCAUAGGAUAAUGGUUUGCUCGUUUAAAACUGUAACCAAACUAACUGGUCAGACAACAUAUAUAUCUAAAAUACUAAAAGCGUUAGAAAAUUCGGGAAUGUUAGAACCUAAACAUUUUUGCUGAUAAUUUUUGUUAUUUAGAGAACUGGUAUUUGUGUACUUAACAUACUUCUGGAAAUAUAUGCCUUUCUUAAAACUGUUAACAUAACCAUGCAUUCAAUACCAUGGCCUACCUAUAGAAUGGAAUAUCUCGGAGCAGGUCACCUGUGACACACAGUCAGUGCUGUGUUUUGGGGUAAGUGCAGUAACGUUUCGUUUUCUACUUUGUCUUAUAUGAGGUAGAAAUCAAGUGUAUGUUAUAAAUGUUUGUCUAUAAAAGGAAAAAAACAUACUAAUAUUAAAAUAAUUUCUUAUGACUGUGAAUCACUCAUUUAUUUUUCCAAUAAUUGAUAUUGUACAUUCCUAGUGCUAUUAGGUAUGUAUGUAACUUUUAUAGUUUUUCAACAGAAAGUUGUAAGUAUUUCACUUGAUCAGGGCUCUUUAAUCUCAUUUUCAUCUGCUUUGUUUAUAUUAACUGUAGUUAUUUUAUUCCUGUGUUAAUCUAAGCCUACAGUAAUGACAUGUACACUAAUAAAGAAUCGAAUAAUCUGUAGUUGUUGGCGGGGAACCCAGUGGGUGGAAAGUUGAAAACUUAAAAUAUGGGAGUGAUUUGCUGCUGUAUUUCCUUUGAGAGAUAAUGGAGGAAGAAUUGGAACCUAAUAGUGAUCAUGAAUUUUAGGAAAAGUACUGGCAAAACAGGUGGGCAACUCCCAUGAAUGAGGAAAGGUUCUGAGUCUCAGUUGAAAAACCUCUCAUACUUUUAAGGAGGGAGAAUCUGCUUUUUAGAGCUGUUAGUAAAAUGUGAAAGCUGCUUUUGUGCUUUGCUUUAUGAAUUUGGCUUUGUUUCAUCCGUGUGUUAACUCGUGGAAAGAUGCAGCUCCUAAUCCUACAGGUGUUGAUCCAAUUCAACAAAACGUUAGAUUUUAAGUGUAGACUUCAUUUGCCAAAGAAGACUUAUGAAAGAAUUUUAAAGUAAUUUCAUUUGGCUUUGUGCUACCUCCCCUUUCUUUUCUCCCCUUAACGUACUUAAACCGCGGGAAACAUUCUCUAGAAACCAAGAGAAAAAUAUCCCAAAGGACACAGAAUUUGGUGUGGUACAGUUUCACCUCUCAGGUGGGUCUACAGAAAUGGGACUUUGUGUCAUUUAAAACCAUACCUGAUUUUCUCAAUUCCUUUAUUUCAUUUUAAAUCUGUGAUCAGAUGAUUUUGUAUUCAUUUUUGGGGGGAAUAUCAGUUUCUUUUACUUGAUGUUGUCAAUCUUCUCUGCCAUUCAUGUUUCUCUUUUAUGUUCAGUGUUUCAAAUACAAUGUGUAUUUAAAGAUUUUAAAGUACCACAACUCUGUAACUGAGUACAGUGGCUUGUUUUCUGGUAUGAUGUUAAUAUUCUGCAACAAAAUGUAUAAAGUGUUGUCAAUUUGAUUAUUGACACAUAUAAUAUGUUUACAAAUAAACUGUGGUGUUGAUCAAAUUACUGCAAAAAUGUGUAUAUAAUCUCUAAGUCUCUUUCUUAAUAUUAAAUAUAGCCGUGCGUUCAGUGCUGUGGCUUUUCUUUACUUUUCUUUAAUGAGCUUUUAAUUUCAGCUUUAGAAGACAUUUCGGAUUUAUAGGAAGGUUGCAAAGAUAGUCCAGAGAUGUUUUCUACACCCUUCCCCAAGCUUCCCCUAAUGUCACCACUGUAUAAUCUAUGGCAUAUCUGUCAAAACUCAGAAAACUCAGACAAUACUGUUUACUAUACUAUGGACUUAAUUUGGUAUUUAUCUGUCUUCCGCUAAUGUCCUUCUGCUGUUCCAGAAUCCGAUCUAGAACACUGCAUUGCAUUUCUUUCGUCAUCGAUGCCUCCUUUGUCUCUUCCAAUCUGUGACAGUUUCUCAGUCUUUCAUGACCUCAACACUAUGAAGAGUGCUGGUUAUUAUGUAGAAUGUUCCUUAAUAAAUGGGUUUGUCUGAUGUUUUCUUGUGAUUAGAUUUGAGGUUAUGCUUUAUCAGGAAGGAUACACAGAGGUGCUGUGCCCUUCUGCACCGUUUCACAUCGUAGGGUACAUGAUGUCUGUAGGCAUUACUGGUAAUAGCCCUUCAUUGGCUAAGUUGGUGUCUGCUGGGAAUUUCCACUGUAAAGUAUUUUCCCACUUCCUGUACUUUUUGCCUUUGGAAGUAAAUUACUAAGUCUAGCCCACAGUAAAGUGGAGGAGGGUAGUAUCUAUAUACAUUACUUAGAAUUUUUCUUAAAAUUUGUUCCUCUUUCCUAUUUAUUUGAUCCUUUGUUUAUAUUAGUAAUGUGAUCAUGGCUAUUUAUUUUAUACUUAGGUUAAAAUCUAAUACUGUUAUUUAUUGUGUAAAUUGUUUCAACUUGGGCUGUUGAGCACUCUUUGAGGUUGAUGCCUAAAUUCUUUUGAUGUGCCUUCCUUUUUUUUUUCUUUAAAGACCAUAUUUUUACUUUCUAGCACUGCCAAGUAUUAUCUUGAUGCAGGCCCUAGAAUUAGCUGUUUCUCCAAAGGAACACUGGUUGCUUUUAUCGAAGACUGGUAUUUAGAUACCAAGAUCUGGGUGUUGGGUGUGCUUACUGCUACUGCUUCUACGGUUUUUUGGUGAAAUGUGCUAAGAGUUACUAUAUGCGUACUACCCAGUAUAUGGUACACAUCUCUAUAAUUAUUUCUUGAUAUAUCUGUAUAUAUGUUGAAUUAAACAUUCAGUUAUACUCACUGAACCAGCACUGCAGGAUUCAUUUUAGUUUUGCCUCUGUGUUCGUUUAUAACUUUUUUCUCUAAGAGUGAGAACCCUGGCUUCUUUAUAAUUUAUUUGCUUAUUUGUUGAACCUUGGAAUAUUUCUAAAGUGGUUUUGGAAUAGUCAAGUUCUACCCCUGUGAGAAAAAUGGCCCCACUGGAGUACAGUAUUGAAGUAAGUGUUUUGUCCUGAGUCUUAUACUAGCUACUCCAAGCACCAUUUUCCAAGGCAACUUAGUUCAGCUCCUGUUAUUUCCCACUUCCUUCAUUAAGGUUAUGUCAGACAUUUGGAAAACAGAUUGGCUUGUCACUCUGUGCCUUCCAUCUGGGGCCUCUUACAUCUCAGUUGAGUUUUUCAUACUGUAAAAUUCACUCUGUAUGGCCUUUGACAAAUGUAUGGUAUGUUCCCACCGUCACAGUACUGUAUAGAAUAGUCCCAUCACCCUAAAAAUUCCUCUCUUACUCCCCACCAUCACAACCACUUACCUCUUUUCCAUUCCUAUAAUUUUGCUUUUUCUGGAAUGUCAUAAAUGGUGGGAUUAUACAAUUCGUAGCUUUUUAAAAUCUGGCCUUUUUUGCAAUGUAGAAUGCAUUUUAAAUAUGUGUUAUAUGAAUCAGCUCAUUCUUUCUGUUGCUGAGUACUUCGUUGUAUGGAUGUAUCAAGGUUUAUCUUUUAAUGGUCACGUGUAGGUCUGUAGUAUAAACAUAAUUCGUUUUGCUGUGGGAUUGGUGACUCAUUUGCUAAGUGUAUAUUUAACUUUGUAAGAAACUGCCACACUGUCUUCUCAAAUGACUGCCAUUUUGCUUCCCACCAGCAGUGAAGCAGAAUUUCUGUUAUAGUGGUAACUUUGUGGCUGAAAUGUUCAUUUCCUCAUGAAAAACGAUGUUGAGCAUCAGUCUUCUCAUAUGCUUAUUUUCCAUUCAUAUAUUUUGGCUGAAGUGCCUAUUCAGAUCUGUUGUCCAUAUUUUAAAAAGUUGGGCUUUACUGGGGC